AGAGAGAGAGAGAGAGAUGAAAACGCCAAAACAGUAGUACAAGACGCAGAUUCUCCUCUUUGGGCAGCCAAACAAGAACGAAUAAGCGAAGAAAACCAGAGGCAGGGGAGAUGGUAAAUCAAUAAUUCCGCCCGCCGCUUCGUAACCUUUGCUCCCUCUCUCUGUUUCUGUUUGCUUCUUCCUCCUCCCCACUGACCCACAAACCCGAAGCUUCUUCCACUUUGGAAUUUCCUCCUGUCCCUUCUUAUCCUUCCUAUUAUACGAUACUAAUUUAAUAUAAAGGACAGGUAAGGGCGAGGUAUCGCCCCAAAAAAAAAAAAAAAAUCCGCCUUUCCUCGUUGUAUGAAAAUGUUGCCCUUGCCGCUUCUCUUGUUUUUCUCGGCGUUCACCAGGAGUUUGUCUCUCUGACCCAGAUUAUAGCCCUUCAAGCUUCAAAUUUUUUUUUGUUUUUCCCCUUGAUCAAGGUCAAUUAUGGCUGUCGUUGUCGGUUCCGGUGGGUCCGCAGGCGGGCCUGCCGCUGCCGGCGGCGGCGGUGGUGGAGGGAAUGGUGGGUCGGCGGCGGGGAGCUGCUGUGAUAUGAGUUUGAAGUGUUGGUGUAAAUGGAGGUGGGACCACCACCACCACCACAGGUUUCUUUCGGGUUUCUCAUCUGGGUUCCUCUUCAUGCUGGGCUGCUUGAUUGUCUACGGCUUGAUUGGGGUGAUCUAUGGCUGGCUCUUCUUCAAUAACCCUUAUUAUGGUCGUAAUGGUGUGGUGGGUUUGAACUCUUUUGGUUGCCUGGAAGAUGGUGAAGGUUCUUGGUCAGUUGGGGUCUUCUAUGGCGAGACCCCUUUCUCCCUCAAGCCAAUUGAAACUGCCAACUUGUGGAAAAAUGAGAGCAAGGCAUGGCCAGUAGCUAACCCAGUUGUCACCUGUGCCUCGGUCUCAGAUGCUGGCUUCCCCAGUAACUUUGUUGCUGAUCCAUUUCUCUAUGUGCAGGGAGAUACACUUUUUCUUUUCUAUGAAACAAAGAAUCCACUUACCAUGCAAGGAGAUAUUGGAGUUGCAAAAAGUACUGAUAAGGGGGCAACAUGGCAACAGUUGGGAAUUGCCUUGGACGAGGAUUGGCACCUCUCAUUUCCUUAUGUGUUUGAUUAUCAUGGGCAAGUAUAUAUGAUACCGGAGAGCAGCAUGAAGGGAGAACUUCGUCUCUAUCGAGCACUUGAAUUUCCAUUGCAGUGGACAUUGGAGAAGAUCCUCAUAAAAAAGUCUUUAGUUGAUUCUGCCGUCAUUAAUUAUGAAGGACAGUAUUGGAUUUUUGCAUCUGAUCACAGUGGUUUUGGGACAGAGAAGAAUGGACAACUGGAAAUCUGGCACAGUAACUCGCCUCUGGGUCCUUGGAAACCACACAAGAAGAACCCCAUAUAUAACAUCGACAACAGUAUGGGGGCAAGAAAUGGCGGCAGACCAUUUGUGUAUGAUGGAAACCUCUAUCGCGUUGGUCAAGAUUGUGGUGAAACGUAUGGGCGACGAGUACGGGCCUUCAAGGUGGAAAUUCUUAGCAAGGAUGAUUAUAAAGAAGUUGAGGUGCCCUUGGGCUUUGAGGAGCCCACAAAGGGGCGGAAUGCUUGGAAUGGUGCUCGACACCAUCACCUUGAUGUCCAGCAGCUCAGCUCUGGGGAAUGGAUUGGGGUUAUGGAUGGAGAUAGGGUACCAUCUGGAGACCCGAGGCGUCGUUUUAUGGUUGGCUGUGCCUCGCUUGCAGCCGCUGCUGCAGUUGUCAUUGUAUUAGGCCUGCUGCUUGGAGCAGUUAAAUGUAUCAUUCCACUCAACUGGUGUGCUCACUAUUCAUGGAAGAGAAGCGAUGCUCUUUUGGUCUGGGAAAGGUCAAAUUUGUUCUCAUCAAAGGUAAGGCGGUUUUGUAGUCGUGUCAACAGAGUACCUACCUCAAUUCGAGGUAAGGUAAAGUACAAUACUUGGGCGGGAAGAUUGGUUCUGGCUGUGUUAUUUGUAGCUGGUGUUGCAUUAAUGUGCACAGGUGUUAAGAACGUCUAUGGUGGUAAUGGAGCUGAAGAAGCCUAUCCUUUAAAUGGUUACUAUUCUCAAUUCACUUUACUAACCAUGACAUACGAUGCUCGGCUAUGGAACUUGAAGAUGUAUGUGAAGCAUUACUCGAGGUGUUCUUCAGUGAAGGAGAUUGUUGUGGUGUGGAACAAAGGGAUCCCUCCAAAGGAAAGCGACCUGGACUCUGCAGUGCCUGUUAGGAUCAGGGUAGAGAAAGAGAACUCACUGAACAACCGCUUCAAGAAGGAUAAAAUGAUCACAACGCGAGGCGUGCUUGAGCUUGACGACGAUAUUAUGAUGACGUGUGACGAUGUGGAACGUGGUUUCAAUGUCUGGCGCCAGCAUCCCGAUCGAAUCGUCGGUUUCUAUCCCCGUCUCAUCAGUGGGAAUCCUCUCAAGUACCGGGCUGAAAAAUAUGCGAGGAGUCGCAAAGGUUACAACAUGAUACUUACCGGGGCAGCCUUUGUCGAUAGCACGAUAGCUUUCGGAAGGUACUGGGGUGAGCAGGCCAAGGUAGGGAGGGAGCUGGUGGACAGGUAUUUCAACUGUGAGGAUGUGCUGUUGAAUUACUUGUAUGCCAAUGCAAGCUCGGCAAAGACUGUUGAGUAUGUGAGACCGGCAUGGGCGAUAGAUACAUCGAAGUUCUCUGGCGCCGCAAUCAGCAAGAACACACAGGUUCACUAUGGGAUUAGGAGUAGAUGCCUCAUGAGGUUUACCCAGAUGUAUGGGAGUUUAUCAGAUCGCAAGUGGGAAUUUGAUGGGAGGAAAGAUGGUUGGGAUUUGUAGCCAACAACUAGUAGUAGUAGUACUCUUGACAGCCUGCCUUUGGUAAAUUCUUGGUAAAUUGCAGUUUCUAGAGCUGUUCAUCCCCAUCUGGUGAAGAUUUCUCGUCUGAGGGGUGGAUUUUAGCAUCAACAUGGGUAGAUUUCGCAACUUGUACAUUGGUUUUCUCACCAUACCUUUUUUUCUUGAGAGUUAAUGUAGAAUGUAGCGUCUUCUUCUUGGUUUUGACCCUUUUUCAGAAAGCUGAAUGUGUAAAGUAGAGAUACAUAGUCGUCAAUAUGUUCUUUGCAGUUUUGUUUCAGAAAGUUCUCCCUCUCCAAUCUCUACCUGAUUGUCUUUGAUCCAUACCCAAUCUAUACUGAGAGUCUCUGUAUCGACUGGGUAUGAUAAAAUUCGAGGGGGAAAUGAUGUCGAUUGGGAUGGAUAUGAUUUUAGGUUUAGAAUUGUCAUUG